AAAACUAUUUCUACUUAACUGGGUUGUGCUGUGUGAGAGAGAAAUUGUUGUUCUUUGAACUGGUUUGAAGAAGAAGAAGAAGAUCAAAGGAGAGAAAGGUUCAAGCAUCACGCCUAUCUACCCUGUUUUCAGUUUCCCCAGAUGAAAAUUACAGUAAUGGAAGCUGCCAACGAGCAAGAUGAGCAGAAGAAUGAUGAUUUGUUAUUACAGCAGCAUGCCAACAAUGAAAUCCCUUUCAUUUACAGACAUAUUGUUACCAUAGAUGAAAAAUACCUUCGACAUUGCCUAGAAUUGAUAUAUCUAACUGCUUCUUCACAACAAUCUUCAUGGGAAUAUUCUCCAAUGUCGAAGAACACAUUGUUUUCAUUCGAUUUACAAAACCCAUCUGUAGAAUCGAUUCUCGGUUCAGUUUCAAGCAGCAAGACUACCGUUUUAAACAUACUCAAAAACCCUUUAGUCCACGAUCAAUACAUCCCUCCCCCCGCCGCCAUCGAAUCAUCAUCAUCGAUAUCAAGCUCGACAUCAACCUAUUCCAAUCGAACCACCAACGGUAUGUUACAUGUUAAAUGGGAUAUGGGUUCUCUUCGGUAUGAGUUCUGGUUAGAUGAUCGGAAAGAGGCAGAGUAUGUGGCUGAGUUAGUUAAACCCGAUCAAUCCCCUGGUUAUGUUUACGUUUUUCGUGGAAAUCAAUCGGAAAUUGUUGGUAGAAUGAGAGUUUCAACUUCUGUCACGUUUGGUUUUAAGGAAACAGAGUUUGUUCUUUUCGGUGCAACCGAUGAUGACAAUGAUACAAUUGUAUCAAAGAGUAACACUCCGACAAGGACUAACCAAGUCGUUAACAAGUUAAAGGGUUUUUCAGGCAAGUUCAAAAGAGGAAAUCUAGAUUGGUCAAGACCGGUGGUGGAUCUUUCGGAGAAUUGUUUUUCACCGAAUCUCGAAUUGGCCGCGAUUGUAUUCAAUGAACGCGAUCAAGACGAGGAAAAAAGUGGUUGGGGGAUGAAGUUUCUGAAAAAAAUUAAACCAAAAGAGACAAACGGCUCGAGUCUUGAUAUAGUGGUUGCAUCGGGGACUCAUGGGGGACCGAAGGGUGGUCCUUUAAGGCUCGUAGAUCGAUGGAGAUCAUCGGGGCGAUGCGAUUGUGGUGGAUGGGAUAUUGGGUGUUCAUUUAAAAUACUUAAAACUCGUGAAAACAACAAAUUUGGUAAUUCUUCAUCAUUGGAUUUGUUUAUUGAGGUAAGUAACUUUACUAUGAAACUAUUUUAUAAUUCUAGGUUAAGAUGUAACAAUUUAAAUGUUUUUUUUUUUGUUUCAUUUUUAGGGUUCGAGUGAAGUUAAACCAGAGGCGAUGAAAUUGGUGAAUGUUAACGAUGGUUUCUAUCUUAUAGACGCUGAAUCAACUAUUUCGAUUUUACAAGCGUUUGCGAUUGCCAUAUCUGUUAUUGAUAUUCGGAGAGGCGGUUGCUAAACUUAAACAAUUAGUUUGUUAAUGUUUUAGAUGUUUUAUUUGUAUGUUGAAUUUUUAUAUAUUUAUUUUAUAUUAGAAUUGGUUUAAAUUGGAA